GUUUCAAAUUAACCGCUGUGACGAGUUUACGUUAAUCAUAGCAUUAUUAUUAAAGGUAGAGUCACAACACAAAGAAAAAUAACCAUUCAAAUACGUGCUCGCCGAUCAAUUUACAGAAGAGCCCGCAUCCCUUUCCCCUCAAUGGAAUUAAGAACGGAAAUACGUCUACGUAUAUUUAAACAUCUUUCGUGAGCGGCAAGGGGGGAUCGGACAGAUAUGCGCGCGCUCUUUCUGGCCAUUUUGUCACAAUAUUAACCUUUUGUUGUGAUGUGUCUAUUGAAAUGAAUUAUGUGUGUCAUAAUUUAAUUACCGUCGGCGAUAAGUGCCAUGAAAAUGUGAGAAAACGAAAAGAAAUUCGUUGAACGUUUAAUCAUUUGUUCCUAAAUAACACGUUAAAGAAGAUAGAAAAUUCCCUGGAAUGUUCCGUUGCAGUACAACAGCCGCCGGACGACGUUUCAACCGUUGCUGUGCUACGUAGUGUUUCUGUCAGUUACGAAUCAGCAUUUUGUGUAAUUUUGUGAGCAUUGCAAUCUCUUGUACAAUUAAUGGCAUAUUUUUAUGACAGUACCGUAUUGCGGAUGUGUCAUAUUGUGACGAAUUUGUCGACAAGUAUGUGAAAAACUGUCGUAAUUAUUACAUAUUCAUUUCGCCCAAGAUGGCCACCGACGGGUUGUCGUUGUCGUUUGACGAGACCGUUUACACCGCAAUUCUUCGUUAGUGUCCGCGUUAGUGUAGUGAUUUAGUAUUUUUUGGAUUUUUUGACGCUCAUAAACACGAAUUAAAAUUCGAUUGUUGUUAUUUUUGUGGACAGUAGUUGCUAAAAUGGUAAAAUAAGGUGGUGGCUGUCGACUAAGUUGUCAGCCGGCGGCCGGAGUCGCGGGGUUCAGCGCGGGCCCAGGUAGAUCAGCGACCAGGUGUCAACGUUUAUGUUUCAUUUUAGCAGAGAACACUCAUACGUUAUAAUUGUUGGGACGAAGAUCGCCUUCGACUUGUCUGGAGCAUAACGUUUUUAUGAGUUAAUAGUCACGUUGAUUACUGAAAAACACGAAAAUAAAUAACGUGUUAAUAAUAUAAUGUGCGAACCAGAAGAAGUAUCGCAGGAGGUUUGGUGUAAAUGGAUCCUCGACGCCAUCCACAAGAUCCGGUCCCAGAAGCAACGACCAAGUGUCGAACGCAUCUGUCAUGCCAUCCGGCAGCAUCACAACUUCCAUGAGGAAGUCGUCGCAGAACACCUUGAAACUGCUGUCAAGGAUGGCUCCGUACUCAAAGUAUACAACAAAGGUCAAAGUUCGUACAAAGAUCCGGGCGGUUUGCAGAAUCGUACGUUACGAAUCGAAAACGGUUCGGACUUGACAAAAGUGAUAACGAAAGCGGUUCGCGAAUUGGGCGAGCGCGACGGCUCGUCCCUCAAAUCGGUCGAAAAGUACGUGCGUCAAUCUCACACGGUUGUCGAGAGUCCGGACUUCGAUCUGAAGACGGCCCUUCGACUCGCGGCGAAACGGGCAGUGGCCAAAGCUCUCAUCUUGCAGGAUGGCAAAAAUUUCAAGUAUAACUACGCGAAUCAGGCUUCCGGUGCCAAACGGAAACUCAACAAGGAUGGAGGAAAGGGGAUCGGUGGCGCUAGAAGGGAUCCAGCCGACGAGAGGACCCCGGCGGCAUUACCCAUUUGCUCCGACUGCCUGGGUACUGAAUCGAAGAAUAAAAACGGAUUAUUUGAGAAACUCAGUGCCUGUUCUGGAUGUGGUACCUGCGUCCACUUGUCCUGCGUCAGUUCGGGGUUGGAACUGUCGUUGCUUCUGUCCAAGGGUGGUAAAUGGUUCUGCGAAGAAUGCAAAACGUGUGCAGGUUGUGGUAACUCAGAUGUUUCGACAUGUCUUUUGUGUUGUUGUAAUUGCGAUAGAAAUUAUCACAUGGGUUGUCUGGAUCCACCCGCUGAAAGAAAACCUAAGUGCCCUUGGCGGUGUAGGCAUUGCCUUAAUCAUCAUGAUAAUACAAAAAUUCGGAAGCCUGAGCCAGGCAGUGUGGUUCGAAAAAAGAUUGACAAAGUUCGGGAAAAAAUCAAAGAACAAAAACAAAAGCCAGUAGCAGAUUCGGUUGAAGUUACGCGCUCAGCGACCCCAGCUGUGUCUUCAGCUGUUACAACGGCGAGCACAACAACCCCUUCAACUUCUGUUGUACCAUCGGCAACCCCAAAAUUGAAUGGUCCACGAAAAAGUAGGAUCCCUCCGGCAGCCAGUCUAAGCGAGAGCGAAUCCACCGAGCACGAGGGUACGCCAACUCCCUUCACUUCACACGCCCAUCCCACAACCAUCACCACAACUACCAACACUACCACCACGACCACCGUUACCUCCAACUGUAUCCCUCCUGCCCCCGUUGCCUCUGCCGCUGAACGCCUUGAAACGUCCGAUCACAUGUCUAAAGAGAAGCAGAAGUUCUUUCGUUUAUCUGCAUUUAAUGCCAAAAAACGUCGAAAUAAAGGCAAAAACGCUGUCCCCGAAGAUUCGUCGAAUACGGACAUGGGGAGCAGUCAAGCGACUGGAAGUCGAAACACAAGUCCCUCCAGUAACAAGCCGAGCAGUAGCCGAUGCCUUGGAUCGGAAACGGGAGUCGAAAUCGAAGAAGACAAACAGCCUGUUACGAAAAAGCAAACGAACAAUAACAAAAUAGUAGGUAAGAGUGCCGCCCACAUCACAACAACAAAUAAUUCCGUUCAGCGCGAUUAUAAGAGUCGUAGUUGUAAAACUGUAAGGCCAGAAAAUAAGAAGGUUGAAAAGAAGAGUAACCAGAGUAAUACGUCCAAAACUGCCAAAAAAUUAGCAGUAAACAAUAAAAAGACGAACGUCAAAGAAGAAAAGAAAAGCGACAACAAAAAUUCAGUCGAAAAUUGUGAAAGCUCCGACGAAGAAGAUUCGAGUUCGUCGGAGUGCUCGUCUAGCAGUAUGACGUCAUCUUCGGGUUCUGAUUCGGACGAGUCGUCAACCGAAAAAUCCCGACCGGCCGUUAAAAUUACAAACAUCAAACUGCCUACAACUAUGUUUGCCUCCAACAAUAAUAAAUUGGAGACGUUUGGUAGCGUGGGUGGCAUUACUCCAGACACUAACGGUGUGUGGGGCUUCGCAGCAAUGGCUGCUCAAGGCGAAGAAGUUCAACAGGCCGAUGUUAAGGAAAAAGAAAGCAAAGAGGCCGAUGAGAACAACAAAAGUGACAAGAGCCGUAGUUCGGGUUUCGGACAAUUAAAAGGUUUAUUCGACGGCUUGUCACAUUUAUUUGCUACCCAGAAAGGAUCGCGAAUUGAUAACGUACCGAAUUAUAGCUUGAACAGUCGCAGACGAAAAGACAUUCCCAAUAAGGAUGCGGAGGCGAAUGUAAAGGGCGUAAAGCGGGUCGCCGCAACUAGACCAUCCAGUUUACGUGAACCUUCUACUAAAAUCCCUUGUCCUUGUCCACCAAUUCCAUCUCAUAAUACAAUUAACAAUAACAAUCCAUCCUCAAAGACCUUUCCGCCGCCGAGAGAGGCAGCGCCUUCACCCGUUGUACAAAUGACGCCUUCGAACCUGGUUAAGACGGCUGUGAAUUCGAAACGGCACGAAUUAGAGCGACGGAGGUUCCUUAAGAGUGAAGCUGGGUUGGGGCCGGUGGGGUUCACACAAAUGUCGUUGUCAUUCGAGGACGAUCGCACGAAAAAGCGCCUUGCUGAGGCCGUGCAGGCGCCUUGUUUGCAGUCCAACAAUCAGACGGAAAAAAUAGUUCCACAACAGCUAGCACCCGGUGUUACUCAAAAAGACGUCGACUUGUUCCAGCAGACUCGUGAACGUGCAAAUUCUACAACAGUCGGUCCAUCACAAACAGAAGGCAGUGUAUACUGUUCCCCCUCCCAGAUUAUGAUAGGUCAAGGUCGAUGUCCAGCUGGAAUAGAAUUCGGUCGAUAUGAGAUAGAAACGUGGUAUUCCAGUCCUUUCCCUCAGGAAUAUGCACGUUUGCCUAAACUAUUCCUUUGCGAAUUUUGUUUGAAAUAUACAAAAAGUAAAGCAGUCCUAGAAAGGCAUCAGGACAAAUGUACAUGGAGGCAUCCACCCGGAACCGAAAUAUACAGGUGCGAUGAAUUAUCUGUUUUUGAAGUGGAUGGAAAUGUGAACAAAAUCUACUGUCAGAACUUGUGUUUGUUGGCGAAGCUAUUUUUGGACCAUAAAACGCUAUAUUAUGAUGUUGAACCGUUCCUUUUUUAUGUGCUAACGAAGAAUGAUAAAAAGGGAUGUCAUUUAGUAGGAUAUUUUUCUAAAGAGAAACACUGUCAGCAAAAGUAUAACGUAUCGUGCAUUAUGACCAUGCCCCAAUACCAAAGACAAGGUUUUGGAAGGUUCCUGAUUGACUUCAGUUACUUGUUGUCCAAAGAAGAAGGUCAGCCGGGCACUCCUGAAAAACCGCUCUCUGAUCUUGGAAGGGUAUCUUACCACGCUUAUUGGAAGUCUGUGGUUUUAGAGUAUCUUCAUAAACAUCGUUCAGAAAAAUUUAAAUUGACUGAGAUAAGUAAAGAAACCGGAAUGUACUGUCAUGAUAUCGCAAUGGCUUUACAGUUGCUUGGAUUUAUCAGAACGGCCCCAGGGGAUAAUGGUCCCAAAGCCGUUUUGGAUAUCGAUUGGAAACGCGUCUCUCAACAUGCAGAAAAAGUUGCCAAGUCAAAGACUCGUAUACCAAUUGACCACGAGUGUCUGAGGUGGACUCCUUUACUUACUCCGACAGUUAAUCCUUUUAGAGAAGACAAAUCCGAUAAUGAAAAACAAUCCAGCUUUUCAGAACCGACUGCUGAUAUAGUCGUCCCUGUCCCCGAAAAAAUUAUAAUCGAAACCCAAACUGGCGUUAAAAUGAAGAAAGGAAAGAAACGAAAGACAGUUACCACCCCAAGAGUUCCAAAAACUCCCAAGAACGAACCUAAACCCGAACCAGCCGCCGUUUCCGAAGAAGUGGAAAUAGAAGUGACAUCAUCCGGUCGAAGACGAACAAGGCCGAGCAAGUUCAAUGAGACAACUUAUGCUGAUUUAAAACCAAAGGCACACCAAGCGCUUGAAACGCCAAAGAGAAAAAGGAACGAGUCCAAUGCAAGCGAUAAGGAUACUGAAAAUGAUAAGAAGAGAAGUAAGUCCGAAGAUAUAAAACGAAGUAUCACUAGAUCUGCCAAGGCUAAAGUCGACAAUGAGGCUGCCUCCGAAGUUCAUGAAGCCAAAAAGGAAGCAGUAAAUGAAUUGCCAAAACCGGAUGCAGAAGAGCAAUCCUCUAGACCUCGCCGUACUACUACUAUUAACAACAUUAAAGAAAAGCCGAAAGAAAAACUGGGUGAACGUUGGUCCCAACGUCGUGUUAAGCGAAUGGAAAUGAAAGAAGCUAAAUCUGGAGAAAAAGAGCCUAUACCUGUUUCAGAAAAAGAAAAUGUCCGUCAGUUAGCAGAACAGAAUUCGAUGGUGGUAGAUGAAACUUCUAAAGAAGUAGCUGAAGUGACACCACCAUCUCCAGAAAAUGUCAUUGCUUCGAAGCUUCCCACUCCUUCUCCACAAAUGAAAAUUAGAACUCCACGAUCUUGUAGAAAAAAGAAAGGUUGGGCCAAAGGCCGUUCAAGAGUAAAGCCGCAAAUUGAUAAAAAGCGACUAACACUUCCAGAAAGUAUAGUAGCUAAACAUGUCAUCACACCAAGAGAAAGUGAAAGCGAAUCACUUGCUUCUGAAAAAUCUGACGUUGACUUUCCUAUUCAGAAAGAAUCCAAUGGCGACUCGGUACCAAAAGAAAGCAAACACAAAAAGCCUAAAUCUUUGGAUCUUGAAGAGAAACUUCCUUUGCGUAAGAGAAACAAUCAGAUUUCUAGUGGAGAAGAUUCUUGUGCUGAAGCCGACGACGAAAUGGAAAAUGACGAGAGAGAUGACAAAAUAACCAAGGAGCGAAAAACAUCACCGUUUGCAAAAUACAAAUAUAGCUCGCUGCAAAAAGAUUAUCGGUCUUCAAAAUAUAAGAAAGAUUCACUCAGGCUUUCAGAAAACAAUACAAAAACUACCGAAACUGUGGCUCCGAACUUAGUAGACAGAGAUCAGGACGAUAAUAUGGAGAUUGAAGAAAUACCUUCGACUGCUGGUAAUGCAAUUAUCGAAAAUCAAAUUGUAAGUAAGAGCGUAACAGAGAAUGUUAAAAGGCAAGAUCAAAUAAGUAAAGUGGAUUCUCCUACAACAACCACAACUUCAGAAUCCGAAACAGAAAUCGAUGGACAAAAAAUCAAAAUAAUUUCUAAAAAAGAAGCAUUGGAAAUAGCCAAGCAAAAUCCAAUUGUUAUGUCUCCAGUCAAAGAAGAAUCAGAAAAAGUUCCAGUUCCAGUUAUAGAAACUUCUUCUGUUAAACCAAAUAAAGAAACGGCAGCGUUGGUUAAAACCCCUGAGCCUGAAAAGCCCAAAGAAUCUCUGAAUGAAGUUGAAAAUAAAAUCGCAAUUAAGCCAACCAAUGAAAUAUCCUGUAUAGAUUCUUCAGUUCCAGAAUCUCAGAAUAUUGAGAACUCCGAAAAAUCAGUAUUGAAUAUCCCAAAGGUGGAAGAACGUUUAAAACAACCGUCCGGUGUGGAAGAUAAAAACAUAAUCGAUUUAACCGAGUGUAAAGAUGAUAUCUCUCCUCAAUCUCAAGAAACUUCCAGGUUAAAAGAAGAUCCCUUUGAUGCAUUGGCAAGAUCAUCAAACACAAAUAAAUUGGUCGUCGAAGCAAAACCGAAAGUAGAAUCUAAACCAGUAGAUAUUAAACCAACCGUUAAUAAUCCUUUGGAUUCAAGGAAUAAUAGUAAUGAAGAAUAUAAGGUUCCCAGUGAAGAUUUGAAAGCAGUUGAAACAAAACCAGAGAGAAAAUCCCCUUGUUAUGAUUCCCGAAAAGAUGUACCCAGAACUGUCGAGAACGAUUCGAAAAUGAUUGCAAUCGAAUCAAAAAAGUCGAAUACGUCCGAUUCCAAAACUACCGAACUAAAAGCGCCUACUGUGUCUUAUGAAACAAAAGUGACCAAACCUGACUUAAAGUCAAUUGCCUGCUCCAAGUCCUGUGACAGAAAGCCUAUUGAAUUUAAGACAGAUGCAGUCAGAUUGAAGGAAGAAUUAAAGCCACAAUUAAAGCAGCAUUCUUCUAAAGUGGAGUUAAAGCAUAAGCAGGAAAAAUACGAUAUAUCAGACUUAAGAUACCAAAAGCCUUUGGAUGACAAACCUUAUGAUGCAAAACCAAAACUAGGUCACCUGGAUAGUGAAAACUUACUCGCUAAAGCUGACUUUUCAAUGCCAAAUUAUCACAUGGCACAGUACAAUCAGUGGCCGUGGGAACGAUUAGCGUGGGAAAAAGGUUUAUAUUUUGAUCCUACCAAAAGAGAGUAUCAAAGUUACCCGAUGCCUUUACAUAUCCCUCCUUUAGAUAUGUUGCCAAAACACACUUCCACAACUUCUUUAAGUGAGAAAGAAAAAAUGAAAUCACACCGACAUGAUUCCAAACAUUCUCUGCAGAACAGUAGCAGUUCGAAAAGUAAAGACUUGAAAAAUGGGAGCGAUAAAGAUAAAAUUUCUCCGAAAAAAGACGAACGAUCUUGCAGUAGUAAAAACAGAAACGACCCAGUAGAUAAUCAGAUGCAUUGUUCAGACUUUUGCAGUAAAAGCAUCGAUACAGUAAAAGCGCCCUAUUCUUCUAAUAACAUUCAAGCUACUCAUAAUUAUACUAAAAGUAACAGCAUGUCAUUGGGUAAUGGCACAAUUCAGACAGGCAAAAGUAUGUCCAAAAGUAAAGAUCUUGUUGAUAAAAGUUCACAGCAAAGGCAAAAUCCGCCAGAAUCAGUGGUACAAUCUCAAACACCGCUUAAUGUUAAAAAUACCCCUCCAACUCCCACUUCAGAUAUACCAUCGAUGGGUGUUUACACGCCAGAUUCUACAACAAAUUCAGUGCACAGCCUCCAUUACGGUCAGUGUGAAUUAGAUGUUAGUCAGUUAGGUCUGGAAUCGCCCACCUCUAUAGGAAGUGAUAUGGCCUCACAGAAUUCGGUUGAAUCGGCACGACCUCCUUCUGUUGUAUCCUCUCAUCAUCAGCAACAGCAACAACCUCAAACAAAUUACGAUUGUACCGUUCAACAUAACAUGCAGCAACAAAAUUUGGUUAAUCAGCAGGUACAACAAAAUCAAACAAGUUUGCCUGCUUCGAGUCCUCAGCAGCCCACUAAUAUUCAAGUUUCUAUGCCAACUUCUGGUAUGCCCCAAAAUCAGCAGCUUAGUCCUUCAGUAAGUCAGCAGCAGCAGCAACAACAACAACACAGUCCAAGUAUAAAUCAGCAUCACCAACAACAACAACAACAACAACAAAGUUCCUCUAACAAGCGUCAUGUUCAAUCGCAAAAGCAGCGUUCAAACACAGCCUCAGCCUCAUCUACUUCGAGUAAGCACCAACACUCCAAUGUUAGAUCAACACCACCUUCUGCCCAACACAGUGGCGGAGUACAACAGCAACCAUCUCGACAACAGAGGUCGACGCCUCCAAUCCAGCAUCAACAUAUGCAAGUCAGUCCUACUCAAAGUCAUCAAUCUGCUCAGCAGAACAUUCAGCAACAGCAGCAGCAGCAACAACAACAGUUACAGGCAAUGCAUCAUGCCAUGCAGGGUUAUGGACAUCAUCAUCAAUUGAGUGCGUCCGCUAUGCAUCAACAUGCCCAUCACCCUCAUCAUCACUCUGUUAUAAGCCAAAGUAAUUAUAUACCUGUACCUCAAAUGACGGUAAGUUCACAAGCAUUUACUGCGCAAGGUCCCAGCACCUACGUCAGUAUGCCUGCGGCCAUGACUACCGUCAUCCAGCAUCGUAUGAGUGCACAGCAAAAUACUGUGGGCCCAUUAGGCGGUUUAAGUGCUGCCGCCACUCUGUCUGGUCACCAGAAACUUAGCUCCUCCCCCUCAUGUGCGGUCACUACCGCCGGUAACUUUUACGUUCAACCGAACACUCACGUGCAUUCUCAUACUCCUGGCCCCGCACCUGCGCCAACUACUCCCGCGCCCACUGUUCAAACAAACACAAGUCAAAACACCUCCGGCAACUCUAGCUGCAGUUUAGCGAAAUUACAACAGCUAACAAACGGUUUAGAUAUGAUGCCACCCUCGUCUUGUAACACCAUGACUCCUCCACCGUCAGCAAUGACCUUAACUCCGUCCCCUACUCAUCAUUCGCACGCUAAUAUGACCCCUCCUCCUUCACAUCAGAUGAUUCAAAACCAAUCCGUUCGAAAUCUCGCAACUCCACCCAGCGCGAUUCCUACCAAUUUGCAACCGCAAGUGCUCGGCUAUCAUCCCAAAUAUUAUCAAGCGAACAUGAAUGUUAAUCAAUUGGGCGGUACGGUGACGCCACCUAUCGGUCAGAAUUUGGGUCGUUCUGGACGGAAUUCAUCCAACGUUGCAGUGCAGCAUAUGCAAAGUUCGUCGAGCCGCGUGAGCCCAAACGUGACCCUUAACCCUAACAUUAUGGCCCAAUAUAACUCCCUAAACGGAUAUAGAAUGGCCGCUCAGCAAACCCCUGGCGCUGUGACAGGUUAUAUAACAAAUACGGGUUUUAUCAACAAUACGACGCAAAUACCUAUGCAAAUGGGUGUCAUGAAUAUGGCACAGACUCAGUAUCAGGAUCCAGCAGCCAUACAAAGGGCUGCACAACAAAAUACCAUGUAUACCACAUACGGUUACAUCAAUGGUAGUCUGAUGCAACCCCUUAAUGGAACUAUGCGACGUUAGUUAAAACGUUUGGGAUUAUGCUGUGGCGAUCAUGAAGUGAGUGUUGCGUACUGUUGUGCCCGGGCGUAACGCAUGUGAAUUCAAUGAGAUCUGAUGGUUGUUUUAUAUUCAGUACAAAAUUGUAUGCGCGUUCUAUGUAUGAUAACUAUUUUUAUAAGUAUUUAAAUAUAGAAAUUUCAUGAACAAGGCACAAACAUUUAUGUGCCAGAAAAUCAUGAAGUUAUCUGUAAUAUUCAUCACGUACUAUAAUAUUAUAUAACCUAAUUUAUAGACAUUUUUAAACGUUUCAAGAAGUCUAGCAUUUUAUGAAAUCAACUUAAUUAUUGUAAUAAAAAGUUGUAAAAAGAAAAUGAAUACCAGGAUAAGAAUAUUUAUAUAUUCUUAUAUCUACCU